AUGGCAGAGUUCAAAUGUGAGCCUCAAGUUAAAGAGCUUCAUGCGGGGCAAACUGCGAACGAGACGCACAUAGAAGAGGAGGAGACAGGAGACACUGGAUGGCAACAGGAUGGACAGGAGAACGUGCUGUGCCAGGAAACACACAGUGAGGAUCAGGAAAGCUACGACUACUUUGGCUCGAGCCUACCGACCGGACAAGCUUGGAACGAGACUUACAACAGUUUGGAUUCGACAUCAAACAUGGGACAGCAGAACGAGGAAAAUGGCAUCCCAAAUGAUGGAAUUAUUGUUGCAAAGUGUGCUGGGUCAGAUGAGGAAGACUUGCCAUAUUCAGCUGUGCAGAGCCAUGCAGUCCAGGGGGGAAGCAAUGCGGCAAAGCCUACCUACAUCUGUUGGAAGUGCGGCUACAGAGAUGCACACAAGGAUAACAUGGAUAAACAUGUCAGUGAGAAACAUGCCAGCGAGAGUCUGCACUACAUGUGUUGGCAAUGUGGGUUCAGAACGGACGACAAGUCUGGCCUUUCCCAGCACAUGGAGACACAUGCAAAACCCUACAGAUGCGACCAGUGUGGCUAUUCUGUUGCAAACAAGACUGAUCUGGACAUUCAUCUGGCAAAACACGCGGGUGAGAAGCCCUACAUGUGUGGGGAGUGUGGGUACAGGGCGAAUCAGAAGUCUCACUUAUCCCGACAUAUGAAAAUCCAUACAGGAGAAAAACCCUACAAGUGUGACCAGUGCGACUAUUCUGCAUCACGGAAAUAUUUUCUUGACAACCAUGUAAGAAAGCACUCUGGUGAGAAACCCCACAUGUGUGGGGAGUGUGGGUACAGGACAACUCAAAAGUCUCACCUAUCACAACACAUGAGAAUACACACAGGGCAAAAGCCCUACAAGUGUGACCAGUGUGACUAUUCUGCUGCACAGAAAUCUUCCUUGAACAAACAUAUAGCAAACAACAGCUGUGAGAAGCUCUACAUGUGCGGGGAGUGUGGGUACAGGACGGUUCGAAAGGCUGUCUUAACCCGACACAUGAAAGUCCAUGCAGUAGACAAAUCUUGUAAAUGUGGCCAGUGUGACGAUUCUACGAUACAGGAAAGAAAACACACUGAUGAGAAACCCUACAUGUGUGGGGAGUGUGGUUUCAAGGCAGCUUGGAAGUCUACCUUAUCCCUUCAUAUGAGAACUCACACCGGUGAGAAACCCUACAAGUGUGACCUGUGUGACUAUUCUGCUACACAUAAAUCCAGUUUGGACAGACAUCAAAGAAAGCACACCGGUGAGAAACCCUACAUGUGUGGGAAGUGCGGGUACCAAACGGCUAAGAGCUCCGACUUAUCCCGACACAUGAGAGUCCACACAGGAGAGAAACCCUACAAGUGUGACCUGUGUGACGUAUUACUGAAAUCUAAUCUAGACCGACACAUGGCGACACACACAGGUGAGAAACCCUAUGGUUGCGAGCAGUGCGAGUACAGGACAGCUCACAAGUCUGCCUUAGCCCGACACAUCAAGACCCACACAGGAGAGAAACCCUACAAAUGUGACCAGUGUGACUAUUCCGCAGCACUGAAAUUCACUUUGGACAAACAUCUAGCGACACACAGCGGUGAGAAACCCUAUGUUUGCCCGGAGUGUGGAUACAAGGCAACGCAAAGCGGUACUUUACUCCAACAUCUGAGAACCCACACAGGAGAAAAACCCUACAAGUGUGGCCAGUGUGACUAUUCUGCAACACAGAAAACCAAUUUGGAUAAGCAUAUGAGAAGACACACACACAGUAGUGUGAAUUCAGAACUGAAACACUGAAAUGAUAACUAGUGUAUUGCAGGUUUUUGCCCGAGUGUAAAUUACAGGUAAAAUGAAAUAGGGGUGUAAAAAUUGUGUAGAACAAUAUAGCAUGUGUUUAGUCUAAAAGCUAGCGCAUACUCUUUAACUUCUUUUUCUAAGACAGUGGAAGACGAAGGAUUCCACCUUUUCUGUAAUGUUUGAGUUCGGUGAUGUAAGGAGGAGAUUAAUAUAAAACUGAGUCAGCUCACAGAUGUGCCCUAUG